AUGACAGCCGAUGUACCUGUUGAAGUGCUAUCGAACAUCUUUAAAUAUCUUUCUGUUUCCGAUAGAAAGGAGGCAUCUUUAGUAAGUCGUAUAUGGUAUGAAGCAUCAUUAGAUCCAAUGUUACAGAAAGAUGUGAUGAUGAAUUUUCUUGGUAGUAUUGAUGCUCCCGAAUUGACAUCAGGUUUGGGAAGAAGAAAAUUAACACAUUUAGUUCUGAACCAGUUUGAAAAUACCAUUUCCUCAAAUGAUGAAUUGAUGAGAUCUUGCAGAAACAUCAGUGAUGGGUUAAAAAGUUUAUGUUUGAAAGGAUCAAAUAUAACAGAAACAACAUUUAUACUGUUGGUUUCUCAGUUCAAACAGUUAGAGAUUUUAGAUUUAACCUGCUGUAACUCUUUAUUUAUGUCUGGUAAAAUUCUUGAAAAAUCUACAGAUACCAAGCUGCUGAAAGAAAGCCUACAAAAUCUGCAUACAUUAAAACUGUCUUCAAUAAGAUUCCUGUCUGAUUGCUCAUUUAAUAGAAUUGUUUCAGUUUGUGAGAAUUUACAACACCUGACUAUGACUUCAACACAGAUCAGUUUUAACAGCCAUGCCUACUAUCCACCAAACACUAAAAUAUGUAACAGUGCAUCUGUUCUUACAUUCCAAAAUGUCCUCUUCUUUAUCCAGAAGAAUAGCCUGAAACUAAAGUCACUUGAUUUCAGUAAAACAUCAAUCACUAACAGUCAUCUUGAACAAAUAGCCUCUGUGUUUGAUUUAAAACUACAAAAACUUGGAUUGGUCAAUUGUCGAGAUAUUACCAGUGAUGGAAUUAAAAAGCUUUGUAAAAAUCAGAAAGAUAUUGAUUUCCUUGAUAUUAGUGGCUGUAUGGAUGUAGGAGACCAUGGCUUUGGAGCAGUCACUGAGAACCUAAUCAAUUUGAAAGUUCUUAAAGCCAGUAAAUGUCAAAGACUGACAGAUAAUGCUGUUGAAACCUUAAAAAGUCUUCCAUCUUUGACCACAUUAGAUCUAUCAGAAUGUUAUAAAAUAUUAAGUUCAGGAUUGAGUGUUGGGUUAUGUAGUGGUAUUAAAACUAAACUGACUCAUCUGAAUCUACGAUGUUGUAGUUCUAUUACUGAUAGUUUUAUUGUAGAUUUAUGUAAAUAUGUACCCUGUUUGGUUUACCUUGACCUUGGCUCCUGUUUCCCUAUUACUGAUUUAAGUAUUCAGAGUAUUUCGAAGAAUUUGAAGAAUUUAAAAUUCCUGUGUAUAACAUGGUGCAAAGAAAUAACAGAUAUGGGUUUGAUAGGUUUUAAGAAUGUCAGUUUAAACCAUGAAUCCCAUUCUGAUCAUGGUGACCAUGGCCAGUGUCGUUGUACACGUAGAACAGAUGUUAAAACUAUCUUCAAGAAGCCAACUGGUGAACAUUUAAAGAAGAAGUUUGCUAUAAAACAACUGGAGGCAAGAGUUUUAACAGAAGAAGAAAGAUGUUGUAUCAGUAAUAUUGGUGGUCUGCAACAUCUAGAUCUCUCUUCCUGUGAAAAAUUAACAGACGUCAGCAUCAAAGAAGCUAUCAAAUUCAGUGAAUUAAAAAGUCUGAAUUUAUCUUCUGUUCAUAGUAUUACCGAUGUCAGCGUUAUAGCCAUAGCACUAGGUAAUCCUAGUUUAGAAGAAAUACAUUUACAACAAUGUCCAAAAAUUACAGAUUAUUCUAUAUCUAUCUUAACCCAGAAAUGUCCUAGAUUAUCCUAUAUUAAUGUUUCUAGCUGUGAUAUGCUGACCAAUAAAACACUACAGAAUAUACAGACCAACUGUCGCCGAUUACGUCAUCUGGAUGUGUCUUUCUGUAAGGCCAUGACAUCAGAUGCUGUAGAUAAAGUGGAAGCAAGUUUAAAACUGCUAAAAAAUGUACAGAAAAGAUUGGUUGGAGCUUUUUAG